AUGCCGUCCUAUGUUAUUACUGGGGCCUCUAGGGGUCUUGGGUGGGAGUUCCUUCGCCAGCUGUCUAGUGAUUCGAACAAAACCGUGAUCGGUAUUGUUCGCAACAAGGCUCAAACUGAAGAGAAGGUGAAGGAAGAAUUGCCGGAACGUAGCAACAUCCAUAUUGUGCAGGCCGACAUCACCGAUUAUGCUGCUUUGAAGGCCGCGGCCGCCGAGACUGCAACGAUCACUGGUGGGGGGCUCGAUUAUCUGAUCGCCAACGCCGGGCUGGUGUCCCGCUUCGAUGCUUACGAUCCAAUCGGGGUUCUGGGACAGCAGCCCGAAGCCCUCGAAAAUGACCUUACCCAGUGUUUUAAAGUUAAUGUGGUCAGCAACAUUCACUUGUUCAACUUGUUCACACCCCUGAUCUUGAAAGGAGAAGCCAAGAAAGUUAUCGCCAUCUCCAGUGGUCAGGCCGCCCUCGAUGCUAUUCCGAAGUUAGGAAUCGAGGUCGCGUCUCUCUACGCCAUCAGCAAGGCGGGUCUGAACACUGCCGUGGCCAAGUUCAGCGCGCAGUAUGCCAAAGAUGGUGUCCUUUUCAUGAGCAUUUGUCCCGGGAUGGUUGAUACGGGCCACUUUGCCGACGUAACGGCAGAGCAAAUGAAGGGCUUGCAAGGAAUGCUGGGUGCAUUCGCCCAGUAUGCACCCAACUUCAAAGGUCCGAGUCCGCCAGAGGCUGCAGUGAAGGAUGUGAUCUCGGUCAUGAACAAUGCUAGCGUCAGUGGCGGCGAUGGCGGCUCCUUUGUAUCGCACUACGGCAACCAACAGUGGCUGUAG